AUGUCGGUGCAGGAGGACCCGGUUCAGCGCGAGAUCCACCAGGACUGGGCCAACCGCGAGUACAUCGAGGUGAUCACCAGCUCCAUCAAGAAGAUCGCGGACUUCCUCAAUUCCUUCGGUACAGAAGCCGCCGCCCUGGCCUUCUCCUUCCUUCCUUCCCUGUGGGGGUCGCGAUCCCUGCCAAGCGGGGCGGGGGGGUGUCUGGCUGGGGGCGCUGCUUGCCCACCUUUACUUUCCCUUUUCUCCGCCUGCAGACAUGUCUUGCCGCUCGCGCCUGGCCACGCUCAACGAGAAGCUGACGGCGCUGGAGAGGCGGAUCGAAUACAUCGAGGCCCGGGUAAGGCGGCGGCGGCGGCGGCUCCUUAGGAUGGGGGACCCCGGAAGGCGAUGACCCCCUUUGCCUGGCUGGCUGCACCCGCGGCCGACUUGGCUUCGGGGAUUCUGCUGCCACGACCCCCUGCUCCCUUUUGCAGGCUUCCUCCAGGCACGGAAGCCAGGCUUGCUUUUGCCCUCCCUGGAGGUUGAGAGGAACCAAAGUGGUCAGGCAGCAGGUUGGGCGCAGGGAUGUAAGAAGCCGCCAAAUGCUGAGUCAGAUCUGGACCGUCCAGCUUAGUAUGACCUGUGCUGAUGGGCAAGUGGCUCUGCAGGGUUUCAGUCAAGGAAUCUUGCCAGCGCUAACUGGAUAUGCCUGCAAUGGAACCGCUGCCACUUAGCUAUGGCCCUUGUGUACUUAUGAUUCAUAAAUAAGGCACCUCAUGGGUCAUCUAGUUCAACCCCCUGCACUGCAAAAGCCCUCCAGUCAGCUUCUGCCUUUCCUCCCAAACCUUCCUGUACAUAGAAAACUAGCAUAUAAGGGAGAAGGCAGACACAUUGUGAUACAAGCCUUUUUUGUUGUUGCCUGGAGCCUUCUUCAUCACACACAUUUGGCCCACACAUUCUACCAAGAAAAAUCCGCUACACUUAACGCUGUAUUUGAUUUUAAGUUAUCAUAUUAGGGGAAAGUACAUAUAUUAUUUAUAUAUUUCAUAACAUGUAUACAUUGCUUGAUUUUUUUUUAAAGCAGUUUACAAAAGUGCUACCAGAGUGGCGUGAAGUAGGUUAUUGAUGCUCUUUUCUGAAAUUUUGGUUGGCAUAGUGAAGGUAUUGACUUAACAUGGAUUUGGGAUUGUUUCAUAUGGGUCAGCCCAGCUACUUUUGCUUUAUUUUUAGAUUUUAAGGCGUUAUGUGAUCAAGUGUGCCCACAAAAAAUAAUAAUAUCUAUACUCCUGCACCAAUACUACAUAUAAGUUUCCUAAAGAAACUUAGGAAUAUCCUCUUCCCCCUUCCCCUCCCAAGAAACCACAUUGCAAGGCAAGCAAGCUCUCUUCUUUCUUUUGACAGGUAACAAAAGGUGAAACGCUGACAUAG